CGCGACACAAAAACUCAACCCGCAAUUAUCAAUUUCUCCGCCGCUUGUGAUCUCACCAUCCGCCGAGAUACCCUGACGUCUGCGCGGAGAUACCUUGUUCUUCAGAAAUCGAUUUCUGGGUUUAUUAUCAUCUCCGGACAUCAUGGCACCCAUUUCCAUCGCCGACAUUGUGGCGGCCCUGCCAGCGGAGGACACUUGGGGCCCCGCGACCUCGACCGACAAUAUGCUUGAGGGUGUCCCAUUUGCUCCUUUCUCUAAGGGUGACAAAUUGGGUCGCAUGGCCGACUGGACUUCCGAGUCUAAGGACCAAAGAGGUGGUCGUCAGGCCUAUAACCGCAACUUCAGGGACCAGCAAGUGUACGGAGCCGGUUCCUCCAACCUGUUCAGCAUCCAGGCUGCUGAAGAUGAAUCUUCCUUCUCAGUCGUUGACAACACUCGUACCUCUGCCAAGCGCACCUUUGGCCGUGGUGGUGGCACCGUCUUCCGCGGCCGCGCCCAGCGUGGCGCGGGCCAGAGAGGUGGCCGUGCUGGCUUCCAGCGUGUUGGUGCUGGCCGUGGCCAGGGCGAUCGCUUCUACGACAACCGUGCCGGCCGCAGCAACCGUGGACGUCGUUUCGGAUGGAAGGACUACGACAAGCCGCAGAGGACUCGUGAGCCGUCCGUCAAUGUGCGCCCCGACUGGACUAUGCUGGAGGAAGUGGACUUCAGCCGUCUGCUGAAGCUGAACCUAGAGACCCCCGAUGGCGAGGACAUCGACUCGUAUGGUUUCCUCUACUACUACGACCGUUCUUACGACAAGGCCCCUGUUAAGGGUGCCGAGCGUAGACUGCAGUCUCUUGACCGUGCUGCCUACAACGUUACUACCUCCCAGGACCCUGUCAUCCAGGAGCUCGCCGAGAAGGACACUGCCACCGUUUUCGCUACCUCCGAUAUCCUGUCCAUGCUUAUGUGUGCCCCUCGCAGUGUCUACUCCUGGGAUAUUGUUAUCGUGCACCAGGGCAACAAGAUCUACUUCGACAAGCGUGAGGGUGCCUCGCUCGACUUGGUAACCGUCAACGAGAAUGCAAUUGACGCCCCUCUCGAGCUUGCCGAAUCUUCGGGUAAGCAGGAGUCCAUCAACACUCCCAGCGCUCUUGCCAUGGAAGCCACUUUCAUCAACCACAACUUUGCCCUGCAAACCGUCGCCGAGUCCCAGGAUGCCAAGCUGGAAAUGAAGAACGCCAACCCCUUCUACAAUGCUUCUGAGGAGACCGAGCCUCUUGCCUCCAAGGCCUACAAGUACCGCCGCUUCGAUCUCUCCUUGGAGCGUGACGAGGAGCCUUUGAACAUGGUUGUCCGUACUGAGGUCGACGCCCUCCUGAAGAACCCCGUCAACGGCGAAGACCAGCAGCUGAUCGUCAAGGCGCUGAAUGAGUUCGACAGCAAGGCCCAGGGCUCCGGUAAUGCUCUGGACUGGCGCAGCAAGCUCUGGUCGCAGCGCGGUGCCGUUGUUGCCACUGAGAUGAAGAACAACAGCCUUAAGCUUGCCCGUUGGACCACCCAGGCCGUCCUUGCCAAGGCCGACGCCAUGAAGCUCGGUUUCGUCUCUCGUGCUAACCCCCGCUCCGCCGCUGGCCAUGUUGUCCUCGGUGUUGUUGGCUACAAGCCUCGUGAUCUCGCCGCUCAGAUGAACCUGAACCUGGGCAACGGUUGGGGUAUUGUGCGCACCAUUGUCGACCGUAUCCGCGCCCUGGACGCCGAGGAGGACGAGGAGAAGGUCAAGAAGUACGUUCUCAUCAAGGACCCCAACCGUCCCGUUCUCCGUCUCUACAGCGUGCCAGCCAAUACCUUUGAGGAGGAUGAGGAGGCUGCCGCUGAGGAAGAGGAGCAGAAGGCCGAGGAGGAUGAGGAGUAAAUUGCUUAUGAUUGAGUUUAUUCCUGCCAUGAUAUCAUAAUGUCAUGAUGUUUCUUUCGAAUUUCCGGAUACUUUUUGGUGAACAUAUUCAAAAGUCUUUUAGAGCUCUGAACAUGACCGUUGAUGUCCUUAACCGAUUUGAUGACUUUCUAGCAUCUCUAGAAGGGCUUGCUCUCCAAACUACACCCCGUACUCAUAAUACCUAUCGUUUCUUGGAAGUAUGAUCACUGUACUCUCAACAGUAUCCCACUGCCCGUUACUCAUUCCAUGAAUCCCUUAUUCUCACGCCGAUUCCAAAUCA